CUUUUGGAACGGGAUCCUCGUAGGAUCACAUAAGAUCCCCGGACCGUAUCUUUCAAUAUACUUUCUUCCCCCGGGGGAACGACUUACUUCCGUUCCCCGUUUGUGCUGCUGCGACGAGGCGGCGAGCGCUAGUUCGGCUGUUCAGAGCUGGUCAAUCGAGUGUCGAAAGUGUAGUCUGUCAGAAUUUUGACGGAGCUGUGACCCACGGAAAAGUGAGCUGCUCCAGCAGGCAUUCGGGAUGAUGUGACAGCUGCAAGUGCGGAAUUCUGAACUCGGUUCGCAUCGUGAUGGAGGCUGAGCGAAUUUUGCUGUCUACGGUCGAAGAUGCCGAGAAGCGAAGACAGCAGGAGCACGAACAUCUCCUUAAGGAGAUCGAAACUAGCGAUUCAACAUCCGUCGGUCAUGUUCUCAGAGCCAUCUACGAUGGGGACGAUCACGCGAAGUUUUUGGAGAAACUCCGGGCGCGUAUCGACGAGCAUUCGGGUGAUAUCCAGAAAAUGUGCAACUUCCAUUACCAAGGUUUCAUCGAUUCAAUCAACGAAUUGCUGCAAGUCAAAAGUCAAGCUGCCAAGCUCAAGAAAGAAGUCUCUGAGAUCCACCAAGAGCUUGGUCACAGCACGGAAACAGCCCUGGCUAAGGGUGAAGCUCUUGUCAAAGUACGGAGAACCCAAUGCAAUAUCAAGGCCGCGAUAGAGGCGCUGUCCGUUUGUCUACCCGUGCUAGACAUGUACUCGAAAUUGUCGGACCAGAUGAGCGAGAAACGCUACUACCCGGCUCUGAAAACCAUCGAACUCUUGGAGCACACUUAUCUGCCUCUGAUAAAGAAACACAAGUUCGCGAGCGCAAUGGAGCAGAAAUUACCUCGCUUCAGGAAACAUAUCGAAGAGGCCAGCAUGACGGAGCUCAAAGAUUUUCUCGAAAGUAUCCACGAGUAUUCGGCCCGCAUUGGACAGAGCGCCAUACAACAGGCGACCGAGCAAUAUCAUCGAGAAGUUGAUGGCCUUGUGAAUGGUUCCGUCAGCGGCGCAGUGAAGCUCAAAACGAAAUCCGAUCUUGACGACGGUCUCGGGAAAGGGGCUCAAGAUAUCGUUGACUUCAGUCCCGUGUACCGCUGCUACCAUAUAUUCACAGUUCUAGGAGUCGGAGAGAAAUUCCAGGAAUACUAUCAGAGCAGCCGCGCUGAACAGGCGAAAAUAGCUCUAACGCCUUCAGUGAAUACUUUAUCUUCGCUUGAUGGGUAUCGUCAGUACUUCAAUGAAGUCACAGGAUUCUUCGUUGUUGAGGAACACAUCGCACAUACUGCUGGAGGCCUCCUGUCUCAGAAUGAUUUGGCAGCCUCGUGGGCCGAAGCUGUAGAAAGAGUGAUAGGUGCCCUCCAGACCAGCACUGGGUAUUGUACAGAGGCGCCUAUGAUCCUCAAAAUCAAAACGCUCAUCACAAUCUUCGCGUACACUCUGAAAGGCUACGGCUACAAAGUAGAUCCUCUGAUGUCGCUUUUGAUGGAAGUCUACGAGCAUUACAAUGAAAUUCUCAUGAAAAUGUGCAAAGAUUCCUUCCGCCAACUUUUCGAAGAGGAUACGUAUCAUCCGAUGCAAGUCGAUACGGAAGAGGAAUACUGUCGGGUGCUGAGCAAGUUCCCGUUCAGGGAUGAGGUGCUAGAGAGAUCUCCCUUCCCGAGGAAGUUUCCGUUUUCCAGUUUCGUACCAGCUGUCUACACGCAUGUGAAAGAUUUCAUCGGCGAAUCUCUCAAGUUCCUUCAAGACCUCAAUCUAAGUCAAUCAGAAAUCGAAGACAAGGUUCGCAAGUCCACAAAUCUGCUACUCACCCGAACUCUGAGCGGAUCCCUGACUGCUCUCAUCAAGAAGCCUUCAUUGGGUCUCCUCCAGCUGAUUCAGAUCACGAUAAACACAAAUUAUCUCGAGGAUGCGUCAUUUUUCCUCGAAGACCACAUCCAGUCCAUCUUCAAGUCAUCAAGCAAUAAGCAUCAUGUAUCGAAGCUGCAAGGCAAAUCCACGUUCAAGGACUCGAGGAAAGACGCAGAGGACCAAAUCUAUGAGCAGAUAAAACGAAAAAUCGACGAGAGCAUCGAAUUGGCGAAUUACGAUUGGCAAGCAACGGAGGCCAAGGGAACCGCGUCGCCCUACAUGUUGGAUUUGAUAGCCUUCCUCAAUAAUGUCUUCCAAGCUUUCACAAACCUGCCGGUUCGAUACGAUGUCGCCGAAUUUAAGGACAAAGUGGCUCAGACGGCUUGUAUGACCGCUUGCCAACACCUUUCCAAGAGGCUAUUGGAUCUCCUACGAAACGAUGAAGUCAAAUCAAUAUCGACGGGGGCUAUCGAACAAUUUAAUCUCGAUCUUAUCCAAUGUGAGCAAUUCGCAAACUCGGAGCCCGUCCAAGGCUUGAAGGACCAAGACGCUCUGCCGCUGUUCUUCGUUGAGCUCCGGCAGCUGGUCGAACUCGUCAUGGACGAGGACUGGGCUACUUACGUUCAAGACUACGGCAAGAAUAACGUCAAGUACCUGCGAGUCAAUGCCAUGACUGCUCUAAUCAUCCUGGAAAAGGUGUGUGCAGCGGACAAGAAACGCAACACUUUGUUGAACUUCAACCAACGGCAGAAAGAACGGAAGCGUGUUCAAGAGUCAGCCAUGAAGCAACUGAGGAUGCUGACACAGACGAACGGGAUUUUCACGCAUAACAACAACGCCCUUUAGUUAGGCGUAGAUGUACCGAGAGGCAUUGCGUCUCCGCCGCGCAUAAGUUCUUGCGAAGACACAAUAAUGAGUAUCUGAUGCCAUAAGAAACUCCUUGAAGUAUCGCCGAGAGCAUUUACGUAGACUCUUCGAAGGAGCAACUCCUAGCGGGAACUGCUGGACAUGUGGAACGAUGUGUUUACUUCAAGUCUGUCUCGGUGGUACUUACAGCGACCGAAGCAGACAUAUGGAUAGACCGUACUCUUUCGUUCGUCAGCGAAAAUAUUGAGGUCACAAAGAGCUAGUUCUCAAGAUCAGCUAGGAGUAGCGCGACGUUUUUGCAUAACGUUUUCGUUCCGGGCCACUUUAUUGUAAAAAGUAAUAUUCUCUUGGCCCAAGUCCAGCAGGAGCAGCGGAGCAGAUGUAUGAUGACCGAUGGUGGAAAAAUAUACACAGAAUAUAUAUCUUUAU